AUCUCAGCCUACAGACAUCCCUCAUCCUUCUUCGCCCAUUCUCUGCACCGUUGCUCUACUUACUCAUCGCUCGAUCCUCGGUCGCUCGCAAUAACUGCCACUUGCUGUCUAAAUAUUUAUCCGUUCCCGCCCGGAAUCCCCUACCUCCCCAUAAAAUUCUGUCUGAGGUUCGGUCAAAUGAUCGCGUCUCCUAGAUGAACUUCCCUCCUCCCCCUUCUUCCCAAUCGUCGAUUGCUCCUGGCACCGAUAAGUCUUCUUCGACAAGAUCUGCAAGAUCUCAGCAAUCUACUUGGGGCUCUUCCGCAUCUCAGUCGAACGUCCGUCGGGGUUUGACGCCGCUUGCGACAUCUAACCUUUCCUCAUUCUCCUCUGUCUCUUCGCGAGGCCCGCCGCAGUCGAGCAGCCCUGGUCCUGGUAUCUCGACCUUGUCUCCUUUGACAUCCACUUUCUCUGCCGUUCUGAGCUCAUCAAGGAACUUCCCUGGUGGCCGGAACGCACCUUCUCCCGCCAACACACCCGCGCCAUUUGCCUCUCUACAUUCUAGCUUGCAACUACACCAGCAACCCGGGCAAUCCGUCUCAUCCCCUAAAUUGAGGGCCCACACUCCGUCGUCGGGGCCUAACUUGGCUUCCACAACGAGCUCAGUCACGGGUGGUGGAGGUACCGGGGGAGGUGGUGGUGGGACGGGUUCUUCCAGAGGCGUCGCCUUCUCUCCGCUAUCGUCCGGCAGAACUGUUAACUCUCCCACAGGAAUUCCUUCCGAUAAAUCCCACGCUAGCCAGUCGUCUCUUACUAAAAUAUCGGUCGCUCAGGUCUUCCUCCUUUUAGAUUCCAUCACCGACAAGGAGGGCAAAGAAAAGUGGGAAACUAAAGCCGCCCAGAUCCACAAGCUCGUUGAGUCAAACGGAAUGGAGGUCUUUUCCAAAUAUUUUCGCCGUCUUCUUACUGGCAAUGCCGGCCAGAUCUUUCCAGGGACCAACAAAAUCGUAGAGAAUGCGGGCAAUUAUCCUCUCUUGGCGCAAGAGAUGCAGAAGAUUUCUCAAGAUAUAGACCAAGCCCAGAAAAUUGCCGAGACCAUUGAUGCCUCUGAGGGCGACAUUUUCCGCGAUUUCGAUCUGUCGACUUUCUUGGAUCACUUCAAGCUUGACCCUGUCGCAAAAAUUGCACUCGCACUUGCCUUCAAAACAGCCAACAAAUCGGACCUGCGUGCGAAAGCCGAUGCCAUUAUUUCGAAUUCUAUUACGCCUUUUCUGCAGAGCCUAGCCACCCCUAUCGAAACGAACAAGGAUUACAAGCCAUCCUUCAUUGGAAUGACUAUCGAGCGCUUCAUAUUGUAUCCACCUCGUAAUUUUACCGACGAUGUGAAGGCCAAGUUGGUAUAUGCGGCCAAUUUGCGCUACCAGAAAUUGGGUGUAGAGAUGCCCUUCGAGAUAUCUUCUUCCUUACAGAUGUUCAACUUCAUCAGUCCAAGGUAUACUCUAGUUCGCCAGCUGCACUCGAAGGGCCCCAAGGCAACCGCGAACCCGGACGCGGUGAGCGAGAUUAUGAAUUCAGCUGGCCCAGACAGCUGGAGUGAAGAACACAUUGCGAAUGCACUCCUUUUCAUGGUCCUCUCGCAAAAUUGGCAACAGUACUCGCUGGAGACUUUUCUUACCACCGUCCAGUCUCAUUAUGCUGGUAAACGACCCAAUUGGUCGCUGCUGUUUCGACAGUUUGAUCGCGAGGGCUUAAGGAUAGAUCCUAAGCAGUUUUCAAAACUGUAUGCUGUUUUCUUAGCGACAGCGAAGGAGGAUUCGAGCUUAGAUAUCCAAAGACUUUGGGGUGGGGACUGGGAACAUCGUGAUACUCAGAUGUCUUUCUUGACAGCUUUCAUCGUUUCGAGAACUGACGUAUCCCAAAUUCCCAACCUUCGCGCAACAUUUCCUGACGACUUCUUUGCCGAUGGUCCGGAGGUUGUGCGAGAGCAAGGAGAGCGUGCUCUCAAGUCACCUUUGAGGUCGCUAGAUGCCGUGAAAGCCAUAUUUGAUCUUGCACUGUUCUCCCAAGCUGCGUGGGCUGCCACAGAAAGCCAGCUUCUUAUUAAAGCAGUUGUUCAAUAUGAUCUCCCUGUUUUCCUAUGCUCCGCACUUGCUCUCCCCCAACCCUGGACGACUGUCCAGCAGAGCUUUCUUCUACGGACCCUCAUUGUUUUCACUUUGAAGCAAGAGGAGGGCUAUCAGCUAGCGCUUUAUGGAGCAUGGAUGCAAGACAAGCAGUGGGUAGCAGAACAACUCUUUACUACAUUUACCCAGGAUCCUACUUCCACAGCCGCCAUAUAUGAACACGCCACCGAGUUUGGCUGGCUGGAUUAUCUGCUCGGAUUCACGAAUGGACUUGCUAUGGAUCUCGCUUGCUUAGCCCAUCGCAAGGGCCCAUUUGAUCUUGAAGGAUGGGUUCGAAACGCUGCGCAGAAAGGGCCCAUGGAUAUGGGCAGCUUACUCUCAAAAUUCUUAAGAAUCAAAGCGGAAGACGAAGUCCAUGUCCAGAGGAAGGAGCAGCCCGCUCCGCAAAUGGUCAGCCUGUCCGUGAAGACAGUGUAUACUCUGCUUUCUGUGCUGGAGGAGUACGUGGGGGACCGUGAAAAUCUCACCCCGGUACAGCGAAUCUGCAUUCAGACAUACCCCCGGCUGAUUAAUUAUGACGAAGGCUUCGACGAAAUCAUCGAUGCUAAUGGUGAAAACGGAAACGCAUUGCCGGAAGCUAUUGACAAACAGAUGCAGGAGCUAUUCGGCAAGAUGUACCAUGAGGAAUUGUCAUUGAGAGAAAUGUUGGAGCUUAUGAGACGAUACAAGACUUCAAACGAUCCUGCUGAACAGGAUCUGUUUGCGUGCAUGGUCCAUGGCCUCAUCGACGAGUACCACUGUUAUCACGAGUAUCCACUAGAAGCUUUGACAAAAACAGCAGUCAUGUUUGGUGGUAUUAUCAAUUUUCGGCUUGUUGAUGGUAUCACUCUGAAGGUCGGCUUGGGUAUGAUAUUGGAGGCUGUGCGUGAGCACGAACCGCAUGAUCCGAUGUACAAGUUUGGUGUUGAAGCCAUCGAACAGCUGAUCAAUCGCCUUCCUGAGUGGGCGGGCUUCUGUCACCUUCUUCUGCAAAUUUCAAGCCUACAGGGCUCUCCGAUCUUUCAGAAAGCCGAGGAAGUUCUUCGUGAGCAAGGCACUCAGAUCGGAGAUCCUGAGGGCACAAGGCCGGGCGAUCUUGGCGCGCAGAUUAACGGUAGUGUCGAUGAUUCUGCGGCAGAUGGCACAGUGCGCAGGUUCCGCUCGGUUCACGUUGGCCCUCCUCUCAGACCGGAGGUCUACGAGGAUCCCGAUGAAGACGUACAGGAUAAGAUUCUUUUCGUGUUAAACAAUGUAUCGGAGCAGAACAUCGAAGAGAAGCUGCGGGACCUCACGGAUGUACUUCGUGAUCAGCAUCACCAGUGGUUCGCUUCUUAUUUAGUGGAAGAACGAGCAAAACUACAGCCAAACUUCCAGCAGCUCUAUCUCGACCUCCUAGAGCGCAUCGGCGACAAAGUCCUUUGGGCUGAAGUUCUCAGGGAAACCUAUUUCAGCGUUGUCAGGCUGCUGAAUGCAGAAGCGACUUUGACCUCUUCAACUGACCGUGGGCACCUUAAAAAUCUCGGCGCUUGGCUUGGAUCCUUGACAAUUGCCAAAGAUAAACCUAUCAAACAUAAGGAUAUCUAUUUCAAGGGUCUUCUUUUGGAAGGGUUUGACACCCAGCGACUUAUGGUUGUCAUCCCGUUCACAUGCAAAGUCCUAGUCCAAGCUAGCAAGUCCACUGUGUUCAACCCUCCGAAUCCUUGGUUAAUGGAUAUCCUGUCCCUCCUGAUGGAACUGUAUCAUUUCGCGGAGUUGAAAUUGAACUUGAAAUUUGAGAUAGAGGUCCUGUGUAAGGACCUCGAUCUUGACCAUAAAGAAAUUGAACCGUCUAUCAUAGUGAGAGAUCGUUCAGCCCAUGCCGAAGAGGCAUUAGUGACGGCAAACAUUCCCGAGGGACUUGAAGCGUUUGACGAUAUGGCUAUUACGAGCAUCAACCAGACUGUUCGGAAUGAAAGAUUAUCUCCGGCGGCCAUUCUGUCAACGCUUCCGAGCCUGGAUAAAAUUCUUGUUCUACCAUCGUCGACAGGCAGCCUGAUUGAUCCCAAUAUCCUUAGACAGAUUGUCCAUACUGCCGUGGAACGUGCUAUUGCGGAAAUCAUUACUCCUGUCGUUGAGCGUUCAGUUACUAUUGCGUCGAUAUCGACGGCUCAGCUCAUAUCGAAAGACUUCGCAAUGGAGCCUGACGAAGAAAAAGUGCGCCAUGCGGCCGGUAUCAUGGUUAGGCAACUUGCUGGUAGUUUAGCUCUCGUAACUUGCAAAGAGCCUUUGAAAGUCAGCAUGACAAAUUAUAUUCGGAUGAUCCAGCAGGAAUAUUCUGACCAGCCCAUGCCCGAAGGCCUGAUCCUAAUGUGCGUUAACGAUAACCUUGAUGCCGCUUGUGGGAUUGUCGAAAAGGCAGCGGAAGAGAAAUCGUUCCCUGAGAUCGAGAAGGUCAUUGAACCCCAGCUAGAAGCACGCCGGCGCCACCGAGCUUCUCGACCUAAUGAACCAUUCAUGGAUGCAUCUAUCAAUCGUUGGUCUUUCUUUAUUCCAGAACCGUAUCGACCAGCUCCUGGAGGUUUAAGCAAAGAACAGUUGGCGAUUUAUGAAGACUUUGCUCGUCAAUCCCGGGGUGCAGCAGCCGCUCACGUACCAAAUGUUUCCACGGACUCUGGUCGGCAGGUUCCUGAUCUUCUCCAAGAAUCCUAUCCCGCGAUCCCUAACCUUUCUACCCCUGCCGAACAGCCUGCUGUUCCGCAUCGGACUGCUCCAGUCCAGGAUGCCCGUUUGCCACAGUCGGCCGUCGUUGGCGGACAGCCUCAGUUGAACGGACUCCUUGACGCACAAGGCCCAAGGGACAAAGUGGAAGGCAUCGUUUCCGAAAUUCAACAGGCGGCCCGGGCCUCUUCUGAGGAGCAUGUUAGAGACCUCGGCAGAGACAGUGCCAUCCUCCAGGUGUAUAAUCAGGCCUUACGCACCAUCCUCUCUUCUCCAAAUGGCGAAGAAUUGGCCCGCCUGACAUCUCUGAAAAUAUGUACAAGUUUGUAUUCGCAGACGCCUGGUUCGCUUGAAAUUGAAGUCCUUGUGCAUUUUCUGGCCAAAUUGUGCGACAUGUCUACCCUUGUCGCUAGGUACACAUGGGCUAUCCUCUCGGAAGUUGAUGAUGAGCAAAUGUUCAAUGUCCCUGUUACGGUCGCCCUCCUGGACGCUGGACUUCUAGACAUUCGUCGCGUGGACAUGAUUCUCACUAGACUUAUCCUUCAAAAGAACACCGGUGCAUUGGAAGUUCUCGCCAGCCUGAUGGAUCGUGUCUUGUUCGUCGAUGAACCAACUGCUCUCAGAUCUGACUUUUCCGGUAGCUUGGAGGCGAUGAGUCAAUGGUUCUCCGAGGACUCGAGUCUUACUACAGCCCAGGAAAUCAUACGCAAGCUCCACGAGUCUGGUAUCCCCGAGGUAGUCAACCCUCUUCUCAGUGACAAGGCGCGGUCGAAGCGAGAUCAGAUGGAAUACGUCUUCAGUGAGUGGAUCGGUAUUUACAAGUCUCCUGGUGCAACGGAACGUACCUACUAUUCUUUUCUCAAAGAUAUCCACCAAAGACAGGUCAUGAACAACCAAGAAGAUUCUGCCUUGUUCUUCCGACUGAGUAUUGAUAUCUCAGUUGCUAUGUUUGAGCACGAGUCGCAGAACCCCAGUGGUAGUCUUGACGAGGCGUUCCUUUACAUCGAUGCUCUCGCGAAACUGGUUGUCCUGCUGGUCAAAUUCCAGGGUGAUAGCACGGGCGCUGUUAAAGCCAGCAAAUCUUCAUAUCUCAAUUCAAUUCUGUCACUUCUUGUGCUAGUUUUAAAUCACCACCAAGUCAUGAGAGGCGAGGCGUUCAAUCAGCGAGUGUUCUUCAGGAUGUUCUCAAGCAUUCUUUGCGAAUAUUCGAUCAAUGGGUUGCAGCAUAGCAAAAACCACCAGGAAAUGAUGUUAGCAUUUGCCAACAAAUUCUUAUCUCUGCAGCCUAAGUAUGCUCCAGCGUUCGUCUACGGUUGGUUCUCCUUGGUAUCCCAUAGGAUUUUUAUGUCCGGGAUGCUUAACAUGCCGGAAAGGGCUGGCUGGGGCCCUUACUGCGAGAUCAUGCAGGCUCUCCUUUCCUACAUUGGCGAGCAGCUCAAGCCCGCAGCGAUCACAUACGUUGCAAAAGAUUUGUAUAAGGGGGUCCUUCGGAUACUGCUGAUUCUACAUCAUGAUUUCCCUGAAUUUGUUGCCGAAAAUCAUUUCCAAUUCUGCAACGUCAUCCCUGCGCAUUGCGCCCAGCUUCGAAACCUAGUGCUCAGCGCCUAUCCGUCGUCGUUCCACAAACUCCCAGACCCUUUCAGAGAGGGUCUAAAUUUUGAACGCCUCGAGGAGAUGCGGGAGGCACCAAAGAUCGCUGGCGAUGUCGUCGCUCCUCUGCAAGCGGCGAAUGUCAAGAACGCCGUUGACGCCUUGCUUCAGGGCAGCAAUGCGUCGGAAGCAUCGAUUCACCAUAUUUGUGAGGCCGUAUACAAUCCUGUUACAAAGGAGACCGGCCUCUUCUAUACUCCGAUCAAUGUGAAUGUCGUGCUCCUCAAUGCUCUCGUUUUAUACGUCGGACAAGGUGCUGUGUCUGCCAAUGCCUCGAAGGGUAAUACUCGCGCCGUUUUCGACAACUCACCUCACUCAGCCCUGUUGGAGAAGCUAGCAAAAGCCCUUCGACCUGAGGGACGGUAUUAUUUGCUAAGUGCUAUGGCAAACCAGCUGCGAUACCCAAAUAACCAUACGUACUUCUUCAGUUUUGCGAUCCUUCGUCUGUUUGGGAUGGAGUUCUCCGAACAAGAUGAGUCUGGCAUCCGCCAGCAGAUCAUUCGAGUGCUUUUGGAGCGACUUAUUGUCCACCGCCCCCAUCCAUGGGGCUUAAUUAUCACUCUGCAGGAACUACUUCAGAACCGAAAUUACACUUUCUUCCACCUACCAUUCAUCCAAGCUGCUCCUGAGAUUGGUCGUCUAUUUGAUGCCCUUCUUCAACAUAUCCAACAGCAAAGCCCAAGAGCGUUAACUUAGGCACCCGAACCAAAAGUUGUCUUUUUCUACCCGCUUCUUUUCAUCAUUCCACCAGUGAUACAGGACAAUAUAUUUGCGUGAUGACUCUUUGCAUUUUGUGGGGCACAUGUCGUACGGGUGCUUUAUCAGCGUGUUCAUAUGAUGGGUAUUUAUGUCGUUCUUAUUCUUCAAUUUCGUGUCGGUUCUUUCUUUGUCCUUCCUCGGUUGGGUCAUGGGAGUGUUACGAGUAUCAGGGAUUGUCAACUCAAGCUUCGUCUACUUGCAUGGACAAUAAGAUUGUAAAAUCACAAUGCAAUUAAUAUCAACCUGUACAGUUGCUUGAUCUACAAACAGUUUGUCUCAAUUGUCAACCAUACACAGC